CAUGUACCGAGUGGGAGAUUAUGUUUUUUUUGAAAACUCCUCAAGUAAUCCAUAUCUGAUCAGGCGAAUAGAAGAACUUAACAAGACUGCUAAUGGCAACGUGGAAGCAAAAGUUGUGUGUUUUUACAGACGGCGAGACAUUUCCAACAGCCUUAUAAUGCUUGCAGAUAAACAUGCUAAAGAAGUUGAAGAAGAGUCCGAAACUACAAAUGAGGUUGAUUUGACUGAUAAACAGAAGCAUCAGUUGAAGCACAGAGAGCUCUUUCUUUCUCGCCAGUAUGAGUCCCUUCCUGCAACACAUAUCAGGGGAAAAUGCAGUGUUGCACUUCUGAAUGAGACAGAAUCUGUGUUGUCUUAUCUUGAAAAAGAGGAUGCUUUUUUUUAUUCACUGGUAUACGAUCCAUCACUGAAAACACUUUUAGCAGAUAAAGGAGAGAUCAGAGUGGGACCUAGAUACCAAGCAGAUGUACCAGACAUGCUUGCUGAAGGAGAAUUAGAUGACAGAGAGCAGGCAAAGCUGGAAGUAAAAGUAUGGAAUCCAGAUAGUCUCCUUACUGAUCGUCAGAUUGACCAGUUUUUGGUUGUAGCACGUGCGGUUGGCACAUUUGCUCGAGCUUUGGACUGUAGUAGUUCAGUCAGGCAACCUAGUUUACACAUGAGCGCAGCUGCUGCUUCCCGAGACAUCACACUGUUCCAUGCAAUGGAUACAUUACAUAAGCACAACUAUGAUUUGAGCAGUGCCAUUAGUGUUCUGGUACCACUUGGAGGACCUGUUUUAUGCAGAGAUGAAAUGGAAGAAUGGUCCGCAUCAGAAGCUAGUUUAUUUGAGGAGGCUUUGGAAAAAUAUGGCAAAGACUUCAAUGAUAUACGGCAAGACUUUCUGCCUUGGAAGUCACUGACUAGCAUCGUUGAAUAUUAUUACAUGUGGAAAACUACUGACAGAUAUGUACAACAGAAACGUCUGAAAGCAGCUGAAGCAGAAAGUAAAUUGAAACAAGUGUACAUCCCAACCUACAACAAACCAAACCCCAAUCAAAUAUCCAGCAACAAUGGGAAACCAGGUGCAGUGAAUGGCGCCGUGGGAGCAUCUUAUCAGACACAGACCUCACUAAUAGGUCGGGCUUGUGAGAGUUGCUAUGCCACACAGUCUCAUCAGUGGUAUUCUUGGGGUCCCCCUAAUAUGCAGUGUAGAUUGUGUGCAUCUUGCUGGAUUUAUUGGAAGAAAUAUGGUGGACUGAAAAUGCCCACACAGACAGAAGAAGAGAAACUAUCUCCCUGCCAAACUACAGAGGAUUCCCGUAUUAGAACUCAUAUGUCACGCCAGGCUACACAGGGUACACCAGUCCGUAACACUGGUAGUCCAAAGUCUGCAGUGAAAACGCGACAAGCUUUCUUCCUUCACACAACAUGUUUGACAAAACUUGCCCGUCAAGUCUGCAAAAAUACCCUCCGGUUGCGGCAGGCAGCAAGACGUCCAUUUGUCCCUAUUAACUGUGCUGCCAUUAGGGCAGAAUAUGCAGACCGACAUUGUGAAAUAGUUGGAAGUCCUCUGAAGAUCAAAAGUACUAGAAAACCACUGUCCUGUAUCAUUGGGUAUUUAGAGAUUCAUCCUGCAAUGAAACCUAAUGUAGUCAGGUCAAUGCCAAGCCUUCAAAGUCCAGCUGUAAAACGAAUGCUUGCAACUCCUAAUCAUUCAUCCCGAAGUAUAUUGGGGAAAAGAAACUACAGUCAUCACAAUGGACUUGAUGAACGCUCAUGCUGUAUUUCAGACUGAGAUGUCUUCUUUCCUUUCUUCCCAUCAAGAGUUGCCUCAGCUCCUGGAGGAACAAAUAUUGGGGUAUACUGCUGAGAAUAAG